UGCGCAGUCUCUUUCCGGUCCAUCUCCCAGCCGUCUCUCUCUUUCUCCCCAUUCUUUCUCUCAGCUGCUGCAUCUGGCCUUGUCCACCACGCCGUGCACCGUCGGCCCUUGGCGCGCACAACAUGGAUCAGUAUGUGUAUGCCUUGUCGACGGGCGCCGCUAGCUCGCCUUCCCUCCCCGCUGGCUGAUCCACCCACUGGUCGCCGACGGCUCGCAGUCCCACCGGCCGGUGACCGCUGCGAUGUGCUGCUCCGGUCCGGCGGCUGCGCGCGGAAACCAGUCCCUCCGCCCGGCGACCGCUCGCUGUUGUGCCUGCUGUCUGCGCCGAUAUAUGCGCCGGCCGCGGGCAGCUGCGGCUGUUGACCAGUGGACCUGCUGAUGCUCAGAUCCGCUGGCUCCCAACCGUCGGCGACGGUUGCUGUCGCGGCCGGCCGGCCAGCGAGAGCCUCCUCUCCUCUCCUUCCUCCGGCCCGGUGCACGGCUAGCUAGCAGCUGGUGGUCAGGUUCCCCUCAUCUCUGCUGCUCUGCGUAAAUAAAUUACCCGCUCUCUGCUCUGUUUUUUUUUGGCUUUGCCUGGGAUUGGAAGAGGGAGCGCGAGGAAGAAGAGUCCCUCCCAACCACAGCUGCCUGGCCACAGUUAACUCGCGAGCCUCACUGUCCAACCACCGCCAGCAGCAGCAGAGCCAGUCAGUACAAGAUUGAAGAUUGGAGUGAGUGCGGAUGGACGCGACUGCGUGACGACGACGGGACACCACCUCGCUCACGACACGUACAUGUGAUGGGGGUGGGGACAACGCGUGUCUAUCUUUUGAGUGCACCGUCCAUUUUCCGUCACGUACGUAACUGUUUUUUUGGUUGCACUUACGUGUCGACAUGCACAGGUCGGGUUUUUUUUUAAAAAAAAAAACAUGCACAGGCCGGGCUGCGUCCGCUGCUAACCCUUAUUACCUCCUAAUUUUAACCGAGGGAGGGCCCGAUAUUAGUUAAUCGCCAUAUUAAUCGCCUGUCCCUCUCUGACUCUGACUCUUCUUCCUCCUCUUGAGAUGGGAUCGACCAGAAAUAGGUCAGAUCUCGAUCUCAUCUCGCUGAGGCUCCGCUCCUCUCCUCCCCCACCCCUACCCCUGCCCGUCAGUACCCUAACCCUCCAGCCGCCGGCCAUGGCCGCCCCCCUCUGCACGCACGCACCCACCCAGGCGGCCUUUCCCCAACCAUGCAUGCAUCUCGCGUCUCUGUUUCUCCUCCCUCCCUCCUGGAUCGAUCGAUCCAUCGGGACGCCUGGUAGCUAGGGUUGUUUCUUGUAUGGAUGGAGUAUAGAUUCAAAGAAACAAGUCAACGAGGUGGCCCGUCGAUCGGUCGGUCGCUCGCUCGCGCAUCCACCGAGUGCAACCGUCCCUAGCAGCACUCGCACCCCCGGUGGAGCGAGCUCCAAGGGUCGAGGCUACAUGUAUUUAUGUAUUAUGGAGGCACCAAUGGGUGCGUUGGGCAAGGGUCGGCGGAGAUCCACCGAGUGCAACCGUUCCUAGCAGUGCAACGCAACGCCGGUGGAGAUCCAAGUCCUCCAAUAAUCCCCAAGCGAUGCCUCUCACGUUUGGAUUCAAGCUUGGUUCUGAAACAAGUUCUGUGUAGGCACGUCCAUCCAUGGUGUUAUGUUUUCAUCUUACAACAAGGCCUUCAAAUCGGCCUCCAUUGGUCCCCAAGGGACGCCUCUCAUUUUUGGAUUCAAGUUGGAUUCUGAAACAACAAGUUAUGUGUGCAGACACGUCCAUCCAUGGCAUUAUGUUUUCAUCUUACAACAGGGCCUUCAAAUCCGGCGGUUAAAAGGAUGCAGGCUCAGGUUAAUCCACUCACCGCCCAAGCCAUUUGGAUCUUGGGCUGCUUUUUUUUGGGUGGCUCGUUGUUAGUCAAGCUUAACCCCUCACACCCCGAGCCCCUCCCGUGCUCCCCUCCCCUGCCCCGCUCGACGCACACCAGAGCUAACCCUAGCCACCGACGCCGCCGCCCCCGGAGAUCCCCGAAGAAUCCAAAGCCCCAAGGCAUGGCUCACCAGGGGCAGCAGCGGCGGCAGGGAGCAGCACCUCGGGUGCCCCUCGUCCCGCGGCCUCGUCAGGCCCCCCUCGUCCCGCCGCUGCUUCAGGCCCCGCUCGUCCCACCACCGGUUCAGGGCCCCCUCGUCCCGCCGCCGGCUCAGGUGGCAAGGCGAGCCAUAACGCAUGCUGACGUGGUUGACGCGUUUGAGGUCGUGAAGUGUGACUGGGCUCCGGUUCGUGCUGGGGUACCUGAGAUUGAGAACACUUUCUAUGAGUUUGACAAGAGAGGAGAUGAUACUAAAAAUCGUGGCGGGAACCUCAUAAAGAGACAUCUGUUCAAUAGGCGGAACCAUGUGGGUAAUAAGAGGCGUGAGAUUUGCCACUAUCUGCCUGCCUACAAGAAGUACGCGAUUCUGCUCAAGAAGCUGAGCAACGACCUGCAAGGCUUAGAGCACAGGCUGGACAAGAAACUGUUGGACUACAAUCAAUACAUGCCUGAGGCCCCAUUGACGAAUCCGGACCAUUUUUCGAGGUACCCAGAGUUGUUGAAGCCAGCAACGAAGGGGAAGAAGGCGACGAAGAAGUAGGCUACACUUGUACUGGGUCCAACUUUUUGGUAGUCAUGAGUUGGGUGAUUUUGUCUGGUGACUAUUUGUUGGAUCUUUAGCCUGUUGACUUGAAUGUGGCGAUUUGGUCAGACAUGUCCUUGUCUCAGAGACUGAUUUAUGCUAGAUUAGCAAUGGUUCCAUGAUUUUA